AAAAGUAGAAAUGUUUAUGAGUGUGUAUAAGGCUUCAAAUCUGGUGAAAGCCCAAAUCCAGUCAAACAUUACAUUACCGAGCCCAAACUUCUUCCCGUAACCGGAAAAUUUCUACCGGUAUCCGCCAUACCCGUCGGCAAUGUGGUCGGCGAAACCUCCACAACCACCGGCAUCUAGUUACUGCAGUCUCCAAAGCUCCGUCCUCUCUCUCGCCAUCUUAACCCUACUCUCCUUCACAUACCUCUCCCUCAAAUCCUUCCAUCCACCUAAUUCUCCUCCUUCUGAAACUCCUUCUUUCAUCGUACAAUCAUCUCAGGUUGUUAGAGCGGAGGAGGAAGUGUUAUCAGAUGUGUAUAAUUUGCCGGAAGUGUUUAGGUUGAAUUAUGAAGAAAUGGAGAGGAAAUUUAAGGUGUAUAUAUAUAAAGAUGGAGAUCCGAAGACGUUUUAUCAAACGCCAAGGAAGCUGACUGGGAAGUAUUCUAGUGAAGGAUAUUUCUUCCAGAAUAUUCGAGAGAGUAAGUUUGUUACCGAAGAUCCAAAUGAGGCUCACUUGUUCUUCAUUCCUAUCUCUUGUCAUAAGAUGAGAGGAAAGGGCACAUCAUAUGAGAACAUGACCAUAAUUGUACAGAACUAUGUUGAUAGUUUGAUAGCCAAAUAUCCAUACUGGAAUAGAACCAUGGGUGCAGAUCACUUCUUUGUUACCUGUCAUGAUGUUGGUGUCAGGGCAACUGAAGGGCAUCCCUUUCUUGUAAAGAAUGCAAUCCGUGUUGUGUGCUCCCCUAGCUAUGAUGUUGGAUAUAUUCCACAUAAGGAUGUUGCUCUUCCACAAGUCCUGCAGCCAUUUGCCCUUCCUGCUGGAGGAAAUGAUGUUGAGAACAGGACAACUUUGGGUUUCUGGGCAGGUCAUAGAAACUCUAAAAUUAGGGUUAUCCUGGCACGCCAAUGGGAAAAUGACACCGAAUUGGAUAUUUCCAACAAUAGGAUAAACAGGGCUACAGGACCUCUUGUUUAUCAAAAGAGAUUUUACAGGACAAAGUUCUGCAUAUGUCCAGGUGGUUCCCAGGUUAACAGUGCUCGUAUAACAGACUCAAUACAUUAUGGAUGUGUUCCCGUGAUACUUUCUGAUUACUAUGAUUUGCCAUUCAAUGACAUUGUCAAUUGGCAUAAGUUUGCGGUCGUACUGAGGGAGAAGGAUGUAUAUGACCUAAAGCAAAUUCUCAAAAACAUCACGCAAGAAGAAUUUAUCACCUUGCAUAACAAUUUAGUAAAGGUUCAGAAGCACUUCCAGUGGAAUUCACCUCCUAUAAGACAUGAUGCUUUUCAUAUGGUCAUGUAUGAACUCUGGCUGCGCCAUCAUGUGAUCAAGUACUAAACCGGAAAUUAGGAAUACGAUAAAUCAAAGUAUAGGAAGAGCUUAAAGUUGUAUAUAACUGUUUCUUUAUCCGCGUUUCUGGGUGUUGGAGGGAGGUCCUAAUGGAGUCAAAACCACAGAGGCUGAGAUCACGAGAGAGUUGUUUCUUGUGUAAUUUAUGUGAUCUUUUUUUGUAUCUAUCGAGGAACAUCUUUUAGCUCUUGUUCCUAAGAGGGUGAAGAUUGAUUCUUGUUUGUGCAACUGCAAAUUAAAGGAUGUCAUUUUCAUGUAAUGUAUUCAUUUAUUCUGUAGAUGCAAUUGGAUUUUAAUCUGAAAUGACUAUGUUUUCUGUUU